UUAUUUGUUGCGCUUGUUGUUGUUUACCCAAAUUGUUUACGGAAAUCGUUUAUUUACUGCUGGGGAAGUGAUUUUUUCGUCAUGGAUUUCGACAGUCCAGAGGAGAAGGAGUUUCCCGGGCUGUACGCCUCGGAGGCGGCAGAUGCCAAGUCGAAGAAGAGCAAGGAGGAGAGCGACUUCAGCGAGGACCACGAGCCCAGCAAGAAGGACCUGUUGAUUGGCCGUCGAAAGGAUAAGAAGGAUAAGGGCAAGGAUCGUGGAUAUGCCGCCCUGGGCGGUGAGAGCUCGCCGGAGGAGGAGCUGGAAACCAAGAGCCCCUCCAAGUCGAAAAAGUCCAAGACCUUCAAGUUCACCAGCUCCAAGAGCAAGGAGAAGCGGGAGAAGUCUCGGGACAAGGCCGAAAAGGAAGCCAAGCACGCCGAGGAGGAGCCUCACCCUCCACCGGCUCCCAAGGUCAAGGACAAGAAGGCCGACAAGAAGGACAAAAAGGACAAGAAGAGCAAGCAGCUGUCGCAGCAGCAGGACGAGGCUUCCGCCGCGGAGGAGGUGUUGGCUUUGGGAUAUCCCGUGUUCGGUGUAUCCGUCAGCUUGGCCACCGAACGAUCCCGCUGCCACGACGGCGUGGACAUACCACUGGUGGUGCGCGACUGCAUCGACUUCCUGCAGGAUCACCUGAAAUGCGAGCAGAUCUACAAGAUUGAGCCCAUCAAGACGCGUCUGAUGCACUUCAAGCGGCUGUACAACAACCGGGAGCACGACUCCGCCGUCGAUGAGCUCAACCUGCCCACCGCCUGCAGUCUGCUGAAGCUCUUCCUGCGCGAGCUCCCGGAACCGCUGCUGACCACCGAUCUGGUGGCCCGCUUCGAGGAGGUCGCCUCCCAUAAGAAGGCCACUACGCAGCAGGCAGAGCUGCAGCAGCUGCUCGAGCAAUUGCCCAAGUGCAACCGCACUGUGUUGGCGUGGGUGCUGCUGCACUUCGAGGCGGUGAUCCAGCAGGAACGUCACAACAAGCUCAACGCUCAGUCGCUGGCCAUGCUGCUCAGUCCGACGCUCCAGAUGUCCCACCGCCUAAUGGUGGCCCUGCUCUGCCACUGCAGCACCUUGUUCGCGGACGUCCAACUGAUAAAGUAUGUGCCCCCGCUCACAUCGGCAAGCCCAAAUCUUCCGGAUACGCCGGAGGACAUCCAGACGGAGUUGCGUAAGCAGGACAGCCUGCUCAACCAAAUACACAGCGAGAUGAAUGCCGGUUUUAUUACCAAGAAACGUGAGGAGCAACUCUGGGAAGUACAACGCAUUAUUACGCAGCUCAAGCGCAAGUUGCGUACUUUUGAAAAGAAACCGGAUAAGUCCGUCGAAGAAUUGGACAACAUCAGCAGUGCCCCGCCCACGGUCGUCAGUGAGGACACCACGGAUUCGAAGCCAGUAGUCGUCGCAGUCGCUUCCACUAGCAACAGUAUUUCUCUCGAAGAGCCGAAGGCAGAGGCAGGACCCCCCAAACCGGUCCCUAUUGAAUUCUCCAUUGAUCCCGCCACUGGCUUCAUUUUGCUCCCAAAGUCUAAUCCGCACCGCGAGAACUUGCUGCGACUUCAAAUCGAAUACGACGAGCUGAUGGAGUGGCAGAACGAACUAAAGAGCCGCAUCGUGGCCGAGCGCAACGAAGUAUACAGGCUCAAGCAGCUGUACGAGAAGCAGUCGAUCAACAGCCAAAUGGCCGCGUUGGCUACGGAGUCGCAGGCUCCUCCGGAGAGCGACUACGAGCGGAUAAUCGAGCACUACACGCGCGAGAACGCGCUUCUCGAGCACAAGAAGAACAUGCUUGGCAUGGAGCUCAAGGAGGAACGGCGGGCCUGCAUUGCCCUGCAAGUGGAGCUGCGACUGCAGCAGUUUUAAUGUAUUAAUAUGAUUAAUGUAUUACUAGGAUGGGUCAAUUUCCUAUCCCAGAAACUAAAAGCUCCUCUAUCGAAAGUCGAAUGACUUUACCAGACAUUCGUUAAGGUUUUAAAUUGCAUUCUAUUCAAUUUCAACUAUUAUCGAAGAAUUCUCACGACUACUCUUUACAGAGCUCGUUGAAAAUUCAUAUUUCGCACUUUUAAGUGAUGGAUUAAAGUAUACCUUAAAGUAAAAAGUUAUCUAAAAUGAUAUUUUCUACAACAAGAGAUAAUUUUGGUACUCGUUUAGUAUCAUCCAUUCAAAAAGUUUAAAUUACUAGUCUGCUGUUCGUUUAAAAAUGAGCGAGUUUGUCCUAAAAACCCCCUGCAAAAUAUAUGUAUGUACAUAGGUUAACCAAUUUUAAAUCUCAUUGUCUAAAUACGAUCAAAUGCUUUGUUUUAAUUAAAGUUAAACUGUUGAAAUGA